ACAAAAAAAAAAACAUGUACUCUCUGCUGUGUACUCUAAUAGAGUAAUAACAGCAGUGUAUUUAUAUUUAUAAUCAAAAAAUUUUGUUUAUCAAUAACAUAAAAAGUGUUGUUAAUUUCUACAGAUAUAUUUUGUCUCAUGCUAUUUAAUAAAGACCAGUUUUACCUGGAUUUUUAGUUACCUUAGAAAUAAUUUAAACACAAAGUGUACAUCUCAGGAUUCUUGGAAAUAAAGUAAUGUAUUUAAGAAAAAUGUCUACAUGUUCAUUUUCAAAAGAAACACACACUCCAGUAAUUGAUAACAAGUCAAAAGAGCUUGUUUUUGAGAAUGGAAAAUUAGUAUUACAUGAAAAAUCAACAAAUACAAUUGUUUAUGCUGAUUUAACAGAGAGUUUAGUUAACACAUAUAAUCUAUCCAAGUUUCUAAAAAUAAUUCCACCACAAAUUGAUAAUCAAUCAUCAACAAUGAAUGCCACUAAAAAAUUAUGUACUGGUAAUAAUAAUGUUGUUGUAUUGCAUAAAGAACAACCACCACGAACACUACCAGUACCAGCACCAGCACCAACGCCAGCACCAGCAUCAGCAUCAGCACAACAACAACUACAAAAACAACCACCACCACCUCCAUCUAAUAAUUUAGUUGAAAAAGAAAUAAUUGAGUAUACAAAAAAAAAAUUCAUAGUGAUAAAUCCAAAUACAGGACGUGUCAUAGCUGUUAUGGGUGCUGAUGAUAAAAAACCUAAUGGAACAACUGUAACAUCAAGUACAUCAAGUGUAUUAAAAACACCAAGUGUAUUAAAACCACCAAUUGCAUCAAAAACAUCAAAUAAAAAAACUGUUAAUCAAGCAUCUGGUAGUGGUAAUGGAACAGUAAGCUCAACAGGAACAACUAAAAAACGAGCAACUUGGACAACUGAUGCAACACUUAGUCUCAUUAAUUGUUAUCGACAAAUAGAUGUAUUAAAAAUACGUAAUGAAUCAAUUUGGCGAAAAAUAAAUGAAGCUAUGAAAACUAAAAAUUAUUCAUUUACAUCAACACAAUGUAAAGAUCGUUUUUAUUAUUUAAAAAGUGAAUAUAUUAAAAAACUUGAUAAUAUGAAAAAUGACAAUAAGGAGACUGAAGAAAUAACAUUUGAUUAUUAUGAUGAAUUUAAUGAAAUAUUCGGUACAAUGCCAAGUGAUAUACCAGAAUAUGCUGUAUCAUCAAGACGUAGUUGUUUAUUAUCAGUUGGUGAAAUUGAAGAACCACAAAAAGAUGAUAAACCAACACCAAAAUAUAAAAAAAGAAAAUUAACAAAUGUUGAUAAAUUAUUUAAAAAAACAAAUGAAAAUCGUGAACGACGUGAAAGUCGUCAUCGUGAAAAAAUAGAACUACAAAAAAAAGCACUUUCUGAAUUAAAAAUUGCAACUGAACUUUUAAAACAAGCAUUAGAAAAUAAAAUUUAAUUAUUUUAUUAAUUAUGUACAGUUUUUA